UUUUUGUCCUGUGUGUGUUUUUUUCCUCACUCGUACUUCAGCUUUUUUCCAUCUCAUUCUCUGCUACCUGCUGUGAUGGGCGGAGCCUCAGGUUACUGUUAAUGAUUCAACGCCAGCUGAGAUUGACAGAUACAGCAAAAGGAAGGAAGAGGAAAGACGGAGCGAGCAGGAAACUCCAGUGAAAGGCAGAAUCGGCGAUGUGAGCGUCAGAAACAGAGGUGGGAUAGCGGGGAGGCUGAAAACGGCUCAGUCUGAACAUCGUCUGGGUUCAAGAGGUCACAGGAGGGACACUUUAUAAAGUUUUGGGGGAUUUUUUUUUUUUUUUUUAUCCAUCUGGCCUUCUUUGGCUGGACAGUUAAUGCCUGCAGUCAUGGAGAAGCAAGUAGCUGAUCUCCAGCUGCAGCUGGAGAAGCAGUGUCUCAUCAACCAAGAGCUGCAGAGGCAGAACAAGGAGCUGGAGCAGCGUCUGCAGGAGAAAGAAAAACUUUUGCAAAAUCUGCAAAGUCAAUAUCAGGAUCUUGCAGACUUCCCUUCUCAGUGUAGUAUUGAAUCUGAACCCGAGUUCAGGAAAAGUCGCGUGGCCGUCAUCGCCUCUGAACCGAUUCCGGAGAAGCUGGAAAUUGCAACCAGCACUGUGAAGAAAAGUUCCAGUGAAACAGCUCUGAUUGUCAAAGCCAUCCAGAAGAACGACUUCCUGAGCCGCCUUGAUGAGGAGCAAAUCGCCAUGAUGGUGGACCUUUUGAGAGCUUCCAACUGCAAACCCGGGGAGGAAGUCAUUAAAGAAGGCUGUGAAGGAGACAGCAUGUACAUUGUGGCAGGUGGUGAGCUCAUCGUCACCCAGGCAGGACAGGACCUCCGGACUCUGAGCGUCGGAGAUGUCUUUGGAGAACUGGCCAUCCUUUACAACUGCAAACGGACCGCCACAGUUAAAGCAAAGACUCCGGUGCGUCUGUGGUGCAUGGAGCGACAGACGUACAGAACCAUCAUCACCAACAAGUCCAAGAAGAAGCGAGAACAGCUGAUGGGCUUCCUGAAGACGUCUCGAACACUUAAAGACUUAAAUGAUGUGCAGUUGUCCAAAAUCCUUGAUUCCAUGGAGGAGGUAAAGUACCAAGACAAAGAAGUAAUCGUUCGUGAAGGAGCAGAGGGAAACGCAUUCUACAUCAUCCUCAAAGGAGAGGUUUUGGUGACCAAAAAUGUGAACGGACAGCAGAAGCAGAUCCGCAGGAUGGGGAAAGGGGAGCACUUUGGGGAGCAGGCCCUCAUCCGCGAGGUCUUAAGAACAGCCACCUGUACCGCUGAUGGACCGGUUACCUGCUUCUCCAUCGACAAGGAGGUUUUUGAAGAGACCAUCCCCGUUGAACACCUGGAACUGUUUGAUGACUCCAAAGUGAUGCAAGAGGCAGAAACUCCUGCAAAGUCACUGCCCAGCUCCACCCUGAGGUUUAAGGAUCUGGUUCCUGUCUUAUACCAGGAGGGCCGCUUUCUCGGAGAUCCCGUCACUCUUGGAGUUGGAGGUUUUGGCCGUGUGGAGCUGAUGACAACAAUAAACCACGGGAAAUAUUACGCCAUGAAGCGAGUCAGCAAGAAGCAGAUUGUUGCCAAGAGACAAGAGGAACACAUGCUGUUUGAAAAGAAGAUUCUCAGAGCCAUUCAGUGCGACUUCAUUGUCAGACUUUAUGCAACCUUCAAAGACACAAGAUACAUUUAUAUGGUCAUGGACUUCUGCAGUGGAGGAGAAAUUUGGACCAAACUCAAAGAAGUUGGGCGGUUCGAUGAGCCCAUAGCCGUGUUCUGCACCGCCUGUGUGGUGGAGGCCUACGCCUACCUGCACAAGAAGAACAUCAUGUACAGGGACCUGAAGCCCGAGAACCUGAUGCUGGACCAGAGAGGGUACAUCAAACUAGUCGACUUCGGGUUUGCAAAAGAGUUGAUGCGUGGAGAUAAAACGUACUCUUUUGUUGGCACGCCUGAGUACAUGGCUCCAGAGAUCAUCAAGAACCAGGGACACGACUUUGCGGUUGACUUUUGGUCUCUUGGCAUUCUGAUCUUUGAGCUGCUGGCGGGAAGCCCUCCCUUUUCAAGUUCAGAACCUCAGAAGAUUUAUGCCAAAAUUCUGGACGGUGAGCUCAAGUAUCCGCCUUACAUGAGUGAAGCAGCAAAGUCCAUCAUCAGUAAACUGUGCAGACCUCGGCCGGGUCAGAGGUUAGGAAACACCAAGAACGGAAUCAAAGAUGUGCGGCAUCACAGGUGGUUCAGCAGCAUGAACUGGCAUAAACUUCGCAUGGGUCAGCUGGAGGCCCCCACAGUUCGACUCAUCCGGAAGGGUCCGUGUUACAUCAACUUUGACCGAUUCCCUUUGGACCACACGAAGGCCGAUGAGGACUUCUCUGGUUGGGAUCGGGAAUUCUGAUUAUUAUUUUUUUUAAUUAAAGAAUCAAAGGCUGUAAA